GACGUCGAAGUGAAAGGACAUAAACAAACCAUCAUCGCUAGAGAACUUUAAUCUAGGGCUAUGAUUCAUGACGGGGCUUCACAGCAUGCAGGUAUCAUAACAUAUUUCUGUGGUUUACAGGCGAACGGGAUCUAAAACUUGUCUGAUUCAUCUACAUGUAAAAAAAGCCAGUUACAAACACUCUGGAAUUUCUUUUCUAAGGACAAUACUCUGAGUGUAUGCGGUGAUUGGCGGAUGAAUACCGAUGAAUACCGUCCGAAAUCCUUCAACGUUUUCUCCUGAAAAUCAUUCCUCGACUGCUGAGAGAGGAACCGACUUCCGUCAUCAGCAUCCCAUCAUGGAUUGUCAAGGACCAAGCUUUGAACAGGAUAUACUGGAUACUAUAAGUGAAUUACCAGAGCAUUGUGAGAACACGGGAAGUGUUGUCAUUAAGACUGAUCAUGAAGAGGAUACUCCACCUUUAAAUCUACACGAAAGUGAGGAUACCGAAAGUGACAGUUUGGGAACCAAGUCGGUUUCAACAUCUCAGCAGAACUGCUGUGAAAUGCCAUUACCCAAGUGCAAUGAGGAGGAAUCCAACUCAACAAAAUCUAUCCCAGCAACUACUCUUCAGUCAUUAUCAUCUUCAUCAUCACCAUCCCCUUGUCACCAUCUUAAAUCUGAACAGGAGGAUGCUCUUUCAGCCGACGAAGGGAUCCAAACUUCUCCACCCUUCGAGAGGGAUGACCCAUGGGACCAUCACGACGAUCUUGACGGGGAAACACCUACCACGACGAGGCGGAGACGCUACUCGAUGUCCUCGGCCAUGGUGCAUAGACCGAGACGUCUUGCCGAUGGUGAUGGGGAAGAAGACGUUAUUUUACGGUCACCGAAUAAGUCAUGGCUCGCCGAUGAAUUAAAGUCUAGGAGAUCGAGAUAUCGUCCGAAAAGUUGUUCCCUGCCCCAUGUGGAGUGGUUGAAGCAGAGGACCGAGACAGCUCUGGACCGCAGUGCCGAGAUGCAGCGCCGUACGGCAGAACUCCUACGGAGCGCCAAGGCCGUGCGAGAGCAAGACGUGUGAUGUGGUCAAGACAACCAGUCAUCAGCCACUGGGUCGCCAAACACAAUUAAUAGCAACCGUAUAAACUUCAAAAUAGUAAAAAUGAAGAAGAAAAAACGAUAACAACUUCGACACCAAAAUAGUAUUCUGGUUAAGACUUUCAAUUGCAGUCUUUUCAUUUUAAAACAAAGUCUUUGUCGGAAUUUAAAUGGCCGUACUUUUGAGUUAGUGUCAAUUUCAACCAUUGGAGAAAGUGUUCAUUUAGUUGGCCCUCUACCUUUAUUUUACAUAUAAAAAGUUCAGUUUAUAUUUCCAUUUUUUGGGGGCCAUUCAAAGCUAUACUUGCUGUCAGUUUCACUCGUUCGAUUUCAUAAUUUUUCGUCACUCUUGUCUGUAUGAAACUUCUGAAGUGUCUGAAGUGUCCAAAAAUAUAAUUUAUUCGCAUGAUCAUAAAGACGGAGGCUAUAAAUAAAUAGUUAUGGACAACUUAAUUUUUUUGAAAAAUAUUUCAACCAUUGAUGCAAACUAUUAAUCUUUAGGCCUGCCCACAAGUCCAACCUCCAUUGCCGAAGUCUGUGCUUCGAAAUAAAACGAUUGAUCGAUUGACAGGGCACUCACAUCUCAGUGUUCACCCGAUUUUAGAAAACGGAUAAAGCAAUAUUGAGAUAAUUGUGUAAAUUUGUAAUAACAUUUUACCUGUAAAUAAAUCAAGUGCACAAUAUUAAAACUUUAU